AUGUUUGCUGCUGGCAUGACUGCAGCUAGUGUCCUAUACCGGACUGGUGUAAAGUGGAUUGGGACCGACAAGCUGUCAAUUAAAAAAGGCGGUCUAAACAAGGUUAACGAUUAUGAGAAAUAUGUGGGACAACCAGAAGAUAUCUGCUUCAUCCAAUACACCUCUGGCAGCACUGGGAAUCCCAAAGGAGUCAUGAUCAAUCAUAACAACUUGGCUGAAACAUGCAAGGGAGGUGUUUCUUUAACAGAUUGUCUGGGACCCAAUGAAUUGGAAGUACUGUGGGUCCCUCAAUACCAUGACAUGGGACUCGUGACUGGGUUUAUGGGUGCUACAUAUUCCGGAACACCCCUUGUCAUGGCUUCACCGUUGGAUUUUAUUGCCAACCCAUUGCUGUGGACUGAUAUGGUUGAGAAAUAUCAGGCCACCAUCACCUCAGCCCCCAACUUUUCUUAUGCUUUGCUCCUCAAAAGAUUGAAGCAGACCAACAGGACAGCUGACUGGAGUUGUGUGAAGCGGGCCAUGUUUGGAAGUGAACCAGCCCAGAGCCACAUUGUGGAGGCAGUGUCAAAAACCCUCACUAUCAAACCUGAGCAUAUUUACAACAUCUAUGGUAUGGCUGAAAUGGUAGUGCUUGUAACUGGUGGACCAGCCAAAUCAGACUCUGAAGGUCUUGUCUGCUGUGGAGAAGUAAACUCACCUACCCUGAACCUUCGAAUUGUUGAGGGCGGAAAGGAGGUGGAGGAUGGGCAAGUUGGAAGCAUCUGGGCCCAAUCACCGCGUGUUGCUGUUGGUUAUUAUUGCCAGGCUGAGCUUACAAAGGCUACAUUUGCCAAUUCACUGCCAUGA